AUGCGGAACCCUUUGAUACAGUUGCCCGACCGUCAAGCGAAUACAUUUCUAAAUGUUGGUGAUCUUUUGUUUUAUUGUGCACGUGCGUUUAGUAUAAAGGGUUCAUUAGAUUUGGUGAGACGAUGUUUCAAGAUUGGUAAAUUGCCUGAAAGAAUUUGGUUUGAUGUCGGACCAUCUGUUGAACAGAUUAUAGCGUACACAAAUCCACUUGGCAUAUUGUUCGGUUUGGGAGCAAAUGGUGGAGGUGUAAUGAUGAGUAAGGAUAUGGGGAAAACAUGGAUUUCAAUCAACCCAUUCAUGUAUCAAAACACUUUAAAUACGUCGACUGAAAUCAUUACAGCUAGUGUCAUACCAUGGAUUUCAUCAACUGGAUCAAUUGACAAUACACUGUCUGAGUCAUUUUGCAAGAUGCGAGUGGCUAAUCAAUGGAAUGGUGUUUAUGACACUACUUUGCCAAUGAUGAAUCGAUCAGUUCGUCUAACAGUUUUUAUCCAGAUAUAUAAACCAAGUUUGGUAUCCGUUAAGUUUGAAGCGAAAAUCUCACCAUUAGGUAAGAAUUCUACAGUGAAUUUUUGUGAGAGCCAACCCAUAGCAUUUGCAGGUCCUAAUUUGGUUGCGAAUAAUGUCUUGACAUUAAAGGAUACCUCAGUCGUGAAUCAAGCUGAAAAGUUACAUUUCUUUAAUCUUCAACUGAGUAUCCUGCCUUCUACGAGAGCACUUUAUAGUAUUUGUAUAAAUGCUACUGGUAAAAUAAAGGCGGAACCAUGUUCCGUGGAUUACUUGUUAACAGAAAAUAAUUCAACUAAGAAAUCAUCAAGUCAGGCUCCAGGAGUCGAUCUAAUUUCUAUUGAUUCAAAAACAGUCAAAAAUCAAGUUAUACCGAACUAUUUAACAUCACUGAAGUUAACGCUAACUCUGAAACCCAAUGUAUGGCAAUCGAUAUAUUUUCAACUUUAUGCUCCAGGUGCCUACCAAGAAUACAUAUUAGUCAAGCCAAUAAUGCUAAGCCAAUCAACAUCAUUGCCAUAUGUCAGCUCAGUUUCGGACUCUUUGGAAAAUAUGGUUUAUAUCAGUAUAGAUAAAGCUUAUUACGAAGGAAUUGCAACCGAUCAAACGACUUCGGCAGCAAAUCAGUUGACUUACUAUAUCCCAAUGUUCACUGCAAAUUCUGUCAGACCACUGGUCAAUUUCACUUACAAUCUGACAGUCAAUUCAAUCUCUACAUUUGGCAGUUUCAUAUUUACUACCACCACUCCAGCAGCAUUUACUACAACUUUUACAAAUACUUGGACUUUAAUUUCUCCAAGUGCCACUAAUGUAUAUAAACAAAUGUGUACUGGAGGACCGUUUGAAUUUAAUUUCAAUAUGUGUCUGGCUGAAAGACGUUGUUCAUUCUUUACGUAUUGGAUCAACAGAAUUGUGAAUGGUAUUGCAGCUCUUAAUGUCACAAAAAUAGAUGUAUAUAAAAGUGGUUCAGAUGUGUGGUUCUCAACCUCAUUCUCUAUAAAUUUGACAUCUGAACGUAGAAUAAAUUUGGGUUCUAAUUUAUUUUACACAACAACUGCUUAUUCAUCUAAUUAUUUGUCAACUUAUCCAACCGAUCAAAAUGAUCAGUUGUUAAUAUACUUCGAAAAUAUCACAAACAUUGGUACGGUAAGUGUACCCAUAAUGCGAAACACUCUGAGUCUUUCAGUGGAUAUCCAGUUGAGUGAUAGUAAAAUUGUAGAAAACGGAACUGUUUGGCCGUUGCAAAUCACUGGUCGAUUCAAUGCUGUCACUAAUAUUAGCAAAAUAUCUGUGAGUUGUGUAAGAACUGGGUCAGAAAAACCAUCAAUUCACGUUGUACUAUCUCAACUGUCAUCGUUCACAUUCAGUGAUUAUCCUGAUAGAGAUGUGGUGUAUCUUCAGACAACCGUUCAAAUGAUGAAUGGUACCGGAUUGGGAUGUGAAAGACAAUCGAUAAUUUUCUAUCUCAGUCCAGAAAUAAAAUCAAUCAUUGUAGUUAAUCAAACAGGCAACAUAGAUAAUGUAACAUUGAAAACUCCUUUAAACCCAGUAACUAAAUCAGUUCAGUUCAUAGCAGGACGUUUAUAUUUCGGUGCAAAGUAUGAAGUCAUCUUUAGUCUGAAAUUUAAUCCAUCUCUUAGUACAACCAUUGUGAAAUAUCCAAUUCUAGUCGAAAUUGUGUGCAAACCCUAUGAACGUGGUAGUCCCGUAGUGAAUAGCUGCGCAAAACAAAAGUUUUACAAGUUCAAAUCUCAUCUGCGUGUUCAACUUGACUACACUUAUCCUUACAACUUACCUCAUUACGUUGCAAUGCGGAACCCUUUGGUACAGUUACCCGACCGUCAAGCAAAUACAUUUCUAAAUGUUGGUGAUCUUUUGUUUUAUUGUGCACGUGCGUUUAAUAUAAAAGGUUCAUUAGAUUUGGUGAGACGAUGUUUCAAGAUUAGUAAAUUGCCUGAAAGAAUUUGGUUUGAUGUCGGACCAUCUGUUGAACAGAUUAUAGCGUACACAAAUCCACUUGGCAUAUUGUUCGGUUUGGGAGCAAAUGGUGGAGGUGUAAUGAUGAGUAAGGAUAUGGGGAAAACAUGGAUUUCAAUCAACCCAUUCAUGUAUCAAAACACUUUAAAUACGUCGACUGAAAUCAUUACAGCUAGUGUCAUACCAUGGAUUUCAUCAACUGGAUCAAUUGACAAUACACUGUUUGAGUCAUUUUGCAAGAUGCGAGUGGCUAAUCAAUGGAAUGGUGUUUAUGACACUACUUUGCCAAUGAUGAAUCGAUCAGUUCGUCUAACAGUUUUUAUCCAGAUAUAUAAACCGAAUUCGGUAUCCUUUAUGUUUGAAGCGAAAAUCUCACCAUUAGGUAAGAAUUCUACAGUGAAUUUUUGUGAGAGCCAACCCAUAGCAUUUACAGGUUCUAAUUUGGCUUGGAAAAGUAACUUGACAUUAAAGGAUACCUCAGUGGUGAAUCAAGCUGAAAAGUUGCAAUUCUUUAAUGUUGAACUGAGUGUUCCACCUUAUACAACAGCGACUUAUACUAUCCUGAUAACUAAUACUGGUAAACUAAUGACGGAACCAUGUUCUGUUGAUUACUUGUUAACAGAAAAUAAUUCAACUAAGAACAUCAGGCUAAUAACAGAAUACACUGUAUUUCAAGGGCGAAGAACAACAGGCACAACGACAAUUGGUAUAUUCAGAAACAAUGGCCCAUGGAAUAUUAUUCAUAAUUUUCGAAUCGGGUUAAAAUUAUUAUACGAUGCCAGCUAUACCUUGGGUGAUACAAUGCAAGUGCGGCUUCAAAUGUUUAGUAUUGUACUAACUUUAUCUUCUUUUGUAGUAACGCUUCCAAUAACGUCUAUGGAGCUACCCAUAACCACUACUCCUGUCUCUAAAACUCCUGUAGUUACUAUUGAAAAAGUCGAACCACGAAAUUCACAACCAACAGUAAACUUUAGUACAAUUGUAGAAGUUCGAGUGAAAUUCAUUGAAGACUUUGUCUACAUGCCGAUAACUUUUCAACUACAAGUAAAUUCAAAUGAAGCAAUUAUAAUCAGGCAGUGUAUUCAAACAAUUGGAUAUCUAUUAAAAGCUGUAGCACUUGUGGGCUAUGAUUUUUCUGUUAAACCGUAA